UGGUAAUGUUUGCUAAAACUAUUUAAAUCGAAUAAGUAAAAGAUGGUUUUAUAUUGAUCGUUCGUUUUAGAGAACUAAACAGAAAGUAUAAUAUACUCUUUUUAUCUUUGGGCAAAAGGAAGCAAGGCACGAAAUCAUCACAAAGGAAGACAAAAGUAGACAAUACAAGAACUUUUGAUAGGUUUAUUAAAGGUUUUGCUUAGAAAAACAAGAGAAUACGCUGUGAUGAAUGCUACUCAACUAGAAACCUUUGAACGCUUUUUCUAUCAAGUGUAUGGAAAUGGUACAGUUGGCAAUGGAACGCAUUGCUAUUUGUGGAGACAACAUAACUGGCCAAGCAUAACAGAAGAAGGAACCGUUUUGGAUGGAGUGAAUUGCGAUAGUCCAGUGAAGAAAUUGGCAGGGCAUGGGGCUGUUGGGAUCGUGUCCGCAUGCUUGGGUUUCCUGUUAAUCCCAUUUCUUUUAAUGAACAUAGGAAAAUUUAAUGUCCCCGGAGCACAAAAGGGUUUCCAGAGACGAGCCGAAUUCUACUGGAUGAUUUUAUUGAUCCUGGUGUUGGCGGUCUCAGGGUUUGCAUACAUAGAUGUGGAUCGAAAUCCGGUUCAAGGUUUGUCGAUGUGCAUAUUCUCAUUUUGCUUUCACUCGAAUGUACCGAUUCUAGUGUUGGUGUAUUGGCACUAUGUGAGUACGUUUGGAUUUAUACGCUGGCGAGAGCUGACGGUAGUCGGACGAGAAGCAGAUGGCAGUGAACGAAGAAAAAGGAUAGAGACAAUGGAAUACGGAAUGCCAAUUGUGAUGUAUAUACUGUCGAUGCUGGGAUUCUUACUGGCCGGGUUUCAUUCUUGGGCAAGAAUAGCGCGGGGAGAGGCAGCAGUCGCGACGGACGCACGAUUUAAGGCAUCAGCGGUGAUCAAUUUAUUUGGAUUAGGAUGCUGUGUGGGAGCAUUUUGUGUAUAUUUGAAAGAGUAUGGACGUGACCGAAGAAAACGAUGGAUGAGCGUUUAUAUGGGAGGCCUGAUGGUGCUCCUACGAGGUGUGUAUGGAUGUAUUUCCAGCUGGAAAUACAACUGGAAUGCGAGCAAUCCAAAAGUGAACCCAGGGAUAGCAUUCGGACUUGGAUAUGUGCCGGAACUUAUUGUGGGAACAGUGAUUUGUUUGUAUGGAGUAUUAUCGCCAGGAAUCGCUGAAGUGGAGCGACUUGCAGUGGAGGAAGAAGAGCAAGAGAGAAUUACACAAACAACGAUGGAUCGUAUGCAAGUAGCAUCGACGGAUUCGACCUGGGGAAGACGGCUUCCUGCGGCGGCGCCCGCGGCCGCGGCCUCGACGGUAUCAAUGCCACCUCCUCCGUAUCAAGAAGUAUUCGCAAAUGAUAGUGAGGAAGCUGAAAAAGAAGAGCAAAUGGAGGUGACGAUUAAUAGAAUGAACUAGAGGAUAAUUGCAUAAACAAGAACGUUCAUUUCUCCAUAAAAGCAGCAAAGCAGACUAGUGAAU